AUGUCGCUUGUUCUGGGGCUUAGCAUUGAGAGAUUUCUGGAUCCUCUCAUUUUCACGGGACAGUCGGACGACCCUCGAAAGUCUUUAAAGCGAUACGCAAGCACCGUGAGGCACGUCAUCAAGUGGCACUACGGUAAUGUGUGGCACUUCUCAGACGACGAUGCGCACAGAUCUAUCAUGAGUGUGAAAAAGAUUCAUCAACGGGUAACACAGGAAUUGACAGAAAGUGCAAAGUCCAAAGAUAAAUCCACGGUGACUGAUGGAUCAAAUGGGACGGAUCAUGGCGUGUUUCUUUCGCAGUACGACAUGGCAUUGGUUCAAAGUGGUUUCAUGGGAAUGAUAACGAUGUACCCAGAAUCCUUUGGAUUAGAAAAAAAUGUCUCUCGGUUGGACGAUUACAUUUACUUUUGGAGAGGCAUUGGACAUCUUCUUGGUGUAUCAGACAAAAACAAUAUUUGCAACGAUGGAUAUGGCAAAGCGUAUGCUGUUUGUAAAGAAAUUGAACAUAAUAUUGUUAUUCCAGCUUUGCAGAAUCCUCCAACAGAUUUCUUUAAAAUGAUGAACGCUGUCAUAGACGGACUACAUUUGUUCACUAAAUAUCGUCUCUUUACGUUUGAGGAAUGA